AUGGCGACUCGAAAGAAGCCUAGUAUUCUAGAUAUCGGCUCUGCCGCAGCUAAAGAAGCCAAAUCUCACGGUACCAUUACAAUCGCCGAGGAUUCCCAAUCCGUAGUUCUAUCUCUAGUCUCUGGCGCGUCUGCCAAAGUCCUCUUAUACGGUGCCACCGUCGUUUCUUGGAAGAUCCAAGACCGCGAGCUCCUUUGGCUCUCAGAAGCAUCCGCCCUCGACGGCUCGAAGGCUGUUCGCGGUGGUAUACCACUCGUGUUCCCUGUCUUUGGACCACCACCGGCGGGAACACCGGUUGAAAAGCUACCACAACAUGGGUUCGCGAGGACUAGCAAAUGGAAUCUUCUAGGUCGCGCUGAAGAUGAGGAAGGCAGUGUUCGCGUUGACUUUGGACUUUCGUCUGAGAGUCUGGACGAGGAGACUAAGGCGAAGUGGCCUUAUGAUUUCGGAUUGAUUUACUCUGUUACUUUGAGGGAAACCAGCUUGGAGACAAAAAUUGUAGUGCAGAAUCCUGGGAGCGGAGCAUUCGAUUUUAACGUUCUAUUCCAUACCUACUUGCGGAUACCGGAUGUCUCGACAAUCGGCGUCCAAGGUCUCAACAGCCUUACCUACCGCGACAAAACCCUCGGUGGCACCGAACACCAAGAAUCAUCUGAGGUCAUCAAGAUCACAAGCCAAACAGACAGAGUAUACAAGUCAGCACCAGACUCAAUUGUUGUUUCGGACAGCGAUAAACCUUUGUAUACAGUUACAAAGACAGGCUUGGAGGAUGUUGUAUUGUGGAAUCCAUACAAUGAUGGUGUAGAGAAGAUUGGAGAUUGGCAACCAAAGGAAGGAUAUAAGAACAUGGUGUGUGUGGAGGCUGGUAGUGUAGCUCAGUGGCAGACAUUGGAGUCGCAGUCGACGUGGGAGGGUGGAGUUACUCAUAAGGCUCACCUGUGA